AUUUAAACUGUUAAGUAACUCUUUCCUUGUAUUAUUACGGAAAUUUCCCAAUCUAAAAAUAAUCUUGAAAACUGUACCAACAAUCCGGGUGUGUAUGGCUAUAACGUCUUUCAAUGUUCAAAUAAAAUAACUGUUAUUUUCUCUGUAUGAAAAUGACAACAGUCUGUCCUAAACCCAAACAGCACGGGGCCACACUAAAUAGUGACUAUAUCAUUCCAGCAUCUGUUGUGUCAGACACAUGCGUUAAAACACAGUUGAAGUCCAACAUUAAGUGUUACAAGAGGCUUGUACUAUCUCUCUCAAUUUUCGCCUCACUUCUGUGUUUGGUGAUUAUAACAAUUAUUGUUAUAUCUACAACAUUUCAAAAAAACAAGGGGGUAUCGAGAUUAGGUACCAAGCCUGUAGCAUGUGUGAUAUGCAACAAAUUGAGCCAAAACAUUUCUGGAUCUGAAGUUUUUCUGAAUUCUCUCACCCGCGAGGUUUCUGAUGGUGUUGAACUUUGUUGUGCUUAUAGAGGUCAUCAGCUGUCUGCUCUUUUGGAACUGAUCCUGCGACUACGAGAGAAAGACUCGGAGUCUCUGCCUACAAUCAACGUUUCAAACUUCUCCUUCAUCCCUGUCUCUGCACACAAACGAAUUUUUCCACCGAAUAAUCCACAUACAGAAAUACCCUUUGAAAAUAGAGUUCCUAUACUGGUCAACAGUGCAGUGCGUGUUUUGUUUCAACAUGAAGGUUUUGAAAUGGAUCCCUUAGUAGAACAUGUCCGAGGUGUUGAAGUGCUUCCAGAUGGGCUCAAGAUAAUACAUCCUGGUUUCUAUUAUGUGUACAGCAGCAUCCACUUCAGACCUGAGUCACCUCGACCUUGUAAAGACUUUCAGUAUCAGACAUGGAAUCAAUACCUCGAGAAAAAGUCACCUCUAGAUCCUGCCCAGUCUGGCUGUCUUUUAAAAGUGGCCCAUACCUGUUGUGAUAUCUGCACACGUGAUGAAGAAACAAGUUAUACAGGUGGAGUUUUUUACUUGGAUAAAAACGAUGUGGUACAAAUAGCUAUUGAUGGCUUUGGGCUUGUCAACUUUCGACGUGAUACAAGUUUUGUUGGGCUGAUGAUGUUGAGUACAGGGAGGUCAAAACAGCAAUAGAAUCAAUACACUCAAUUAUCUCCUUACUAGUAGUGUAUGCGAAGUAAACAUGUUGUUCAGUUUGUUUCUCUUUUUAAUGUUGAUAAUGUUAAAACAGGUUUUUAAAAAAUACAUGAACUU